AAAAAGAAGACCGAGGAAAGUUAAAAAGGGAAAAGGAAAGAAGGAGGAUAUCAAUUCGGCUGCUAAACCUACGACGAUAAGUCUGAGUAUGAUGCACGAUUCCAGUAUAUCGUCUAGCGAAGAUGAAGGAUACGACGAUAUCAGAGAGCAAGAUUCCGCUGCCGGUAGUGACGUUCUUGAAAAAUCCAGAGAACCGAGCACCGCACUUACCGACAGUUCCGAUUUUGCGCCACUGCCUGGAGAAGAAGAUAAAUAUAUUCUCACCAAGAAAAUAGUGGAGAAAGUUCGCGAGGUACCGGUGCUUCACAUGAUAUGCGGCCAUAUCGACGGUAGCAGAAUCGAUCUGCCGGACACCACGUUCUUUUACUUUAUGCGCACCAGCGACGAGGGUGUACCCAGCUUCGACACCUACGAGGAGUGUCUAGACGAGAUGCCGAGUUACAUAGUGGUCGGUUCGCUCGGCAGGAAAUUUCUAGCUUCUUUCAACAGCAUGCUGGUCGAAGUAUUUAGGCCAUUGGUGGAAAAUCAAUUCAGAGGCCCGGAUUUUGCCGAGCGAUGGAAAAUAGAGAAGACGAUGGACGAGCCGUCGUCUGUCGCACGACUGGCAUCCGCCGCGCUAACGGAAGGCGAAGAAAGCGUAACAAGAAAACCAUCCGGUUUCCGAAGAAAAGCUUCCGAAUCUCGCAUGAUUUCCGCAACCCUCGCGCAAGACGAAGCGGACGAAUUAGAAGAGAAGAUGUCGAUAGAAGACGACAGAAAAUCGCGCACGUCGAAAUCGAAAUCUGUUAGCACGAUUAGUUUGAAGGAAAUGAAGAAGCCGAUGACCGAGCAGUGCAAGAAAGAUAUUUUAUAUCAUCUCGACAAUCUGAUCAAAAGCGUGGAAUGGACGCUGGAACACAUUGAAAGCGACAUCUUACUGACGAUGCCAAAGAUACCAGAGCUGAGCGAUCCAGCAAUGACAGACGAGAUGUUAUUGAAAAAUAAGGAUAUCGUCGAACAAAUGGAACAAGAAGUCAUGUUGUGGGAGAAACACAUACAGAAGGCAAAAUAA